AGGUUGACAGUGUUAGAGAGGAAUGGACAAUUCAGGAAAGUAUUCACAUUUCAUCCAUUGCAAAUUAAAACUUUGCACUUUGCUAGCACGAAGGUUUGACCCACCACAGCCCACAAACUUUGGUAGCUCGUGGCUGAAUCAAAGUCUCUGCCAACGCACACACACAACACAACUCCGUGGGAAGAGAGAAACUCUGUUGAUUUUCGAUCCCUUCACCCUCUUCUUUCUUCUCCACUCGAUCAAAGAACUCAAAAUCUCAGAUGGGUUUGAUUGGUUCUUUCAAAUCAAUCGAUUGGGAGCUUGAAUCUUUCCCUUCUUAUGAGGAUUUCACUUUUCUUCCCUUUUUUGCGCUUCUCUUUCCCACUGUUCGGUUUUUCCUCGACAGAUUUGUCUUUGAGAAAGUGGGAAGAAGACUGAUAUUUGGAAAAGGCUAUCAGCUGAAGGAUGUGAAUACAGAUGAGAAACGGAAGAAAAUAAGAAAAUUUAAGGAGUCAGCCUGGAAAUGUAUUUACUUUCUUUCUGCAGAGUUGUUGGCUCUAUCUGUUACGUAUAACGAGCCUUGGUUUACUAGCACAAAACAUUUUUGGGUAGGACCAGGAGAACAGAUCUGGCCUGAUCAAAGAGCUAAGUUGAAAUUGAAGGGAUUAUAUAUGUAUGCUGCUGGAUUUUAUACGUACUCCAUAUUUGCCUUGAUUUUUUGGGAAACAAGACGUUCAGACUUUGGGGUGUCCAUGAGCCACCAUGUGGCAACUCUCAUUCUCAUCGUACUUUCCUACAUUUUUAGAUUUGCUCGUGUUGGUUCUGUGGUUCUUGCACUUCAUGAUGCAAAUGAUGUGUUUCUGGAGAUAGGAAAGAUGUCCAAAUAUAGUGGCGCUGAGAUGUUGGCUAGCAUUGCAUUUGUAGUCUUUGUUUUGUCUUGGUUAUUGUUACGUCUCAUCUACUAUCCAUUUUGGAUCCUUCGGAGUACAAGCUAUGAAGUACUCCUUGUAUUGGACAAGAACAAACAUCCAGUUGAUGGACCAAUCUACUAUUAUGUGUUCAAUACUCUUCUAUUUUGCCUUUUAGUUCUUCACAUAUAUUGGUGGGUGUUAAUUUACCGAAUGCUUGUUAAACAAAUCCAAGCUAGAGGACAGAUUAGUGAAGAUGUUCGUUCAGAUUCUGAGGAUGAGGAAGAACAUGAAGAUUGACAAGGAACAAUCGAUGCAGAACAUACUGUUACAUACAUGAAAGUUAUGAUGAGAUAGAGAUUAGUCAUACAAUGUGGUUCUCGCCAAAACAAAUAUUUUGGCAUGUGAAUCUUCUCGUGGCGUUGUGUAGUUGAAUGAACCGUGUAUCAUUUCAUCAAAAUACAUUCAGGAUAAGAUAAGGAUGCAAGAUGGAGAAGGGGUUGUUGGGAGUUAGAAAGAGGAGUUUAAAUCUUGAUAUUUGAGGUUUUGGCCUAUGCAACCACUGGUCAAACUCUUUCCUUCUUGUUUUAUGUUUUUUGCCCUUGAUUCUUUUGCAGAGGUGUUAGGUUGAAAACUAAGAUAUCAGGUACCUGUUGAACUGUGAUUAUUUAUUCUUUUCUCAUUUACUUACUGAACUCUUUCAUCUUCCUUUUGUUCAUAUACCCAACAAACAAUUUCAUUGACUUCAAAGAUCAGUAGACAUUCUCUUCUUAAUAGUGAACAACUAAAUUCUCUCUUUCAGGGUUA